AUGGCAUUCAAGUUUAUCGUAUUUGCUGCAUGCGUUGCCUUUGCUAGCGCUGGAUUAUUGCCAGCUCAACCACUUCACUAUUCAUCUGCUGCUGAUGUCAGCCAUGUGUACAACUCUUACCAUGCUCCCCAAUUACUUCAUCAUGGCUCGUACAGCGAUGGUCAUUUGGCUCAUGGAAUUCAACAACAAAACAUUUUGAGAACACACAGUGGAACUAUUUCUCAAAUCUCCAAACAAAUUAUUUCACCCCACUCUCAUGUCAGCAAAUUCGACACUCGCAUCAAUAACGAUGGUCUCAAAACCAUUGCUUAUGCUGCUCCCGCAAUUUCUCAUGGAUAUGCUGCUCCUGCAAUUUCUCAUGGAUAUGCUGCUCCUGCAAUUUCUCAUGGAUAUGCUGCCCCAGCAAUUUCUCAUGGAUAUGCCCCAGCUCUUUCACAUGGAUAUGCUCCAGCUCUUUCACAUGGAUAUGCAAGCCAACCAAUUGCCAUCAAGAGUGCUCCUUUGAUUGCUCACUCUGCUCCCUUGGCUGUUGCCCAUCACCAACCAGCCUUGGCCUCACACGGAUAUGCUCAAUCACAUGGAUAUGGAUAUGGACAUGGUCAUGUAUCCUAUUCCUCCCCCAUUGUUAACUAUGGUUGGUAA